GUGACCCCAUUUACAUUUGCUGUCUCAUCCCCUGCGGGAACAUUCUAUUUAGUAGUCAUGCUAAAUUUGUUGCUUGCGUACUGCAUGCUCUUUCAGUUUUUGUCUCUUUGUGCUUCAUCUUUCUUCUGCCUGAAAUGCUAUAUGUAAAUUCCUACUCACCUUGCUAGAUCCCAUUCAGCUGGUCCCUGCUUUGUGAAUUGCUCUUCACAACACUUGGCAGUUACCUUGUCUUCUUUUCGGUAGCAUGUAUGCCUUCAUUCAUGAUCACGUACUACGUGCCAGGCCCUGUACUAAGUAUAGAGUUUGCAGAGACGUAUAUUGCUGGUUUCUUCACUCAGCGGGCUUAGCAUAGUGCAUAUCUGCUAUUAUGGCACUUAAGUUUUGCAGUGAUUAUUUGCAUACCCUUCAAAUUGAACUCUUUGAUGCCAGGAACUGUAUAUAUCCUCUUUGUUUUUAUAUUUGCAGCACUUCUGUUGUUGUAAUAGGAUAACAGUGUCCAAAAGAGCAUAAUUUUCUUAUAUGUCUGAUGUUUUCUGAAGCAGAGUUUUCUCUUUUUUUUGGUCUUUUCCAUUGAUGAAUACAUAGCAUAUAUAAUCUUUGGAGUCCUUUGUCCUUUCAAAGUCAUUGUCAGAUUCUUUGAGUGCUUAUUUUGUACCAGUACAUGUGUCUUUGACGCUUAACUUGUAACUUUAAAAUCCGUAAGUUCUGUGUGAGACUGUCCAUCAUUAGAUGAUGAUGUUUAAAGUGAAAUCUACUAAUAAUAGUAACGUUUAUCCUGCACUUACCUGCUUGCUGUGUGAUAACUAGAUGCUAUUCUUUUUUUUUUUUUUUUUUGGCUGCGUCGGGUCUUAGUUGCUGCACGCGGGAUCUUCCUUGAGGCAUGCAGGAUCUUUCGUUGCAUUGCGUGGGCUUCUCUCUGGUUGUGGCAUGUGGGUUUUCUCUCUCUAGUUGAGGCGUGUGGGCUCAGUAGUUGUGGCAUUCGGGCUUAGUUGCCUCGCGGCAUGUGGGAUCUUAGUUCGCCGACCAGAGAUCAAACCCAUGUCCCCUGCAAUGCUGGACAGAUUCUUUACCGCUAGACCAUUGGAGAAGCCCCUGGAUGCUAGUCUUGAGGUGUUAAUCAGUCCUGUUUGAAUUGUUUUGCAUGCAGUCACGGGAAACGUGGAAGGAAUAAGACUUCAGCUUCGUAAGCAUCACUGUGUCUUGGUGUGCAGAAGCUAUCCCAGAGGGUUGAAGGAGCCGCUGAGAAGAGUGUGCUGGGGAUGCUCUCAGAAGAGACUGAACGCUGAGGCAAUUUCCAGUCCAGAGGUUUGUAAUUUUCCAAGAAGAAAGUGAACAUCAUGGAUCAGAACAACAGCCUCCCACCUUAUGCCCAGGGCCUGGCCUCCCCUCAGGGUGCCAUGACUCCUGGAAUCCCUAUCUUUAGUCCAAUGAUGCCUUAUGGCACGGGACUGACUCCACAGCCUAUUCAGAACAGCAACAGUCUGUCUAUUUUGGAGGAGCAGCAAAGGCAGCAGCAGCAGCAGCAGCAACAGCAGCAGCAGCAGCAGCAGCAGCAGCAGCAGCAGCAGGCGGCAGUGGCUGCGGUUCAGCAGUCAGCGUCCCAGCAGGCAACCCAAGGGGCCUCGGGCCAGACACCACAGCUCUUCCACUCACAGACUCUCACGACCGCACCCUUGCCGGGCACCACUCCCCUGUAUCCCUCCCCCAUGACCCCCAUGACCCCCAUCACCCCUGCCACGCCAGCCUCGGAGAGCUCUGGGAUCGUGCCGCAGCUGCAAAAUAUCGUAUCUACCGUGAAUCUUGGUUGUAAGCUUGACCUAAAGACCAUUGCACUUCGUGCCCGAAAUGCUGAAUAUAAUCCCAAGCGGUUUGCUGCUGUGAUCAUGAGAAUAAGAGAGCCUCGGACCACUGCACUGAUAUUCAGUUCUGGGAAGAUGGUGUGCACGGGAGCCAAGAGUGAAGAACAGUCCAGACUAGCAGCAAGAAAAUAUGCCAGGGUUGUACAGAAGUUGGGUUUUCCAGCUAAGUUCUUGGACUUCAAGAUUCAGAACAUGGUGGGGAGCUGUGAUGUGAAGUUCCCUAUAAGGUUAGAAGGCCUUGUGCUUACCCACCAGCAGUUCAGUAGUUAUGAGCCAGAGUUAUUUCCUGGUUUAAUCUACAGAAUGAUCAAACCAAGAAUUGUUCUCCUUAUUUUUGUUUCUGGAAAAGUUGUAUUAACAGGUGCUAAAGUCAGAGCAGAAAUUUAUGAAGCCUUUGAGAACAUCUACCCUAUUCUAAAGGGUUUCAGGAAGACAACGUAAUGGCUGUCGUGUACUCCUGCCUCCCCCACCCACUUGUUUUUGUAAAACAAAUCAGUUUUGGUACAUUUAGUGGCGUUGUGGACGGCCCCAUGUGGUGAGAGGAUGGACGUUCGCUUGUAGGUUGCAGCGCCAGGUGACGCUCUCCUGCAUGUGUACCCCAUAUGGAUGCCAGGAAGGGGUAUUAUUUCUGCACAGAGAACACGAAGCAUUACUGUAAAUUGCUCGAACUGUGCUGCUAUUCGGGUAGCGCUGCCCGUUUAUUUAUAUUUAGAUUUUAAAUACUUACUGCUGUUGACAGGUUGGUUUAAGGGACAAAACUUUAAGUGUUAAAGCCACCUCAACAAUUGAUUGGACUUCAUUUUGUUUAAUUUCUUCCCCAUAAACCACAGUUUUUAUAUUUCUACCAGAAAAGUAAAAAUCUUUUUUAAAAGCGUUGUUUUCUAAUUUGUAACUCCUAGGGGUUAUUUUUGUGCCACAUUCCGCCUUUUCAGUAUUGCAGGACAGAAUAGAAAUGUAUUAAUGAAAACAAAUGGCUGUACAUAUUUUUCUUCCUUCAGAGUACUCUGUACAAUAAAUGCUGUUUAUAAAAGUGUUAGAUUGCUGUUAU